AACAAAACGUGGUUCGUGAGAAUUAUAUUUUUCGCAAAACGAGCUCACAACCCGGUCCUGGUCGUCCACGCAAAAAAAAAGUGAACACCGAAAGAACUGCGCGGGGAAAUGUAAACGGGCUCAUCACGUUCGUCAUUAAUAAUGCGGCUGCUUGUUUUUGUUGUUCUGUCCUUUUAUUUGCUGCUACCGGUUUGGUCAUCGUUUUUUGGUACUGCGCCGAUGCGUGAGAAGAAUUGACUGUGGCGAAUUAUUCCGCACAGGUUCGGUGUUGUCAUGUACAUCAUUCAUACCGAGGAAAAUGACUAAAGGUAAAUAAACCAACCAGAUUCCUACGUCAAAAGUACAAAGCAACAAAGAUCAAAGUAAGCGUACUCCGCUUGCAUUUGCAUAAACCGUUGGACUUGCAUAACCGCCUGUGGAAGGUAUACCGUAAAGGUUCUAUUAUUUCAUAUGGAUGACCUACAUAUCGCCCAACGAACUCUCCCGUGACAAGUGCGGGGGACAGUGCGCAUUUAAGAUGAUCCUAAUUGUGCUGCAGCCAACAAUUACAACUUCAACUUACUGCCUGUAAAGAAUCACCCAUCCGUGGAAUUGGUAAGAUAUCGCUCCGAGAUGUUUCCUAUCAUCGAUAGCCGCGUCGUCGUCGUCGAUAAUUUGCCCUCAGUUGAAAACGGAAUGUCACACAGGUCAGACCCUGCCAGCUGCCUGCGGCAGCAUGUGACAGAAAGAAUAGCAGAUCAAAGGCACUGUUUAUUGCGACGACGAAUAGUCCAUCGUUCAGCGGUAGCUCAUCGGUGCUCCCUGCUCAUAGCUCUAGUAUUAAGUUGUCCCCUGCUAGUACUAGCUUUGCCGCACUCUUCGCAUCAUUCUCCUUCUUCGUCGUCGUCGUCGUCAACGCUGGCGUCCACGUCGAGUAGUAGCGGUGGAUCCGCUGGCAGUAGCAGUACAAAAAGUUUAGGUGUUUACAUGAUCCGAUCGCCGGAAUCGACGACGGCACCAGCCGGCGAUGAAGUACUCUUCGAGUGCGAACUGAAUUUGAUACCUGAGAGACUAGAGUGGCGGUUUCGGGCCCAGGAGAGCCAGGGAAGUCGCGAUGAUUACGUCUACCUUAAUAAGAAUGGUCACAACGUGACAACCGUCGAAGGAAACUCGAAGCUACAUGUGUACGUUAACGUCAAGACAAUCGGUGAGUAUCAGUGCGUUGCGUGGUUCGGGGCUUCGGCGAUCGCCUCCAUACCGGCGAGGUUAACCCUCGCCUCAAUCAGUCUGGACUCUAGUAUUAGCAGUAGUGGCGGCUACGCCAGUUACGGUCCGAUCCGAGGCAGCAGUAUUAGCGACGUCCACAGCGGGCGAACCGAUCGUGUACCGACCAUGAUGAGACGGGUACUUUCUCCGAUCCAGCAGCAACAUCUGAAAAUCUCCCCGGGAAAUAGUAUUAUCAUCAAGUGUGGAGAAGUAAUCUCCAAUCCUCCAGCUAUCUGGAGUUACUACAAAGACGAAGUAGCGAUUCCCGCCAGUACCCCUCAGCUACCAUCCGGUGGACUGAUUCUACCCCAACUAACGCCACAAGACUCCGGAACGUAUCGCUGUUCAGCCGUCAAUUCAAUCACGGGUAACGAACUAAAACUGCCACAGAAAACUACAAUUCUCGUAGAAUUCACCCCUCGAUCAUCACCGAGAGCGAUCUACAAACCGCAAAACGUAUCCGCAACACCGGGUUCUACCGUCCUACUGGAGUGCACCGGAGUGGCAAACCCCAUCCCCAAACCAUCCUGGUCACGUAGGGAUGGUCUUCCCAUCGGAGAUCAUUCGCAAGUUCUACCCUACGGCCUACAAAUCAACGGUGUCGUUCCGGAAGAUCAAGGGGAAUAUGCGUGUCGCUUGGACAACGGUGUAGAACCUGCCCUCGUACACACCAUCAAACUGACCGUGCUGGAGCUCCCACAGAUCAUCGAACCCCCGCGACCAACCCUAACCAAUGAAAGCGAAAGUCUCGAACUGCAGUGCAUUGCCAAGGGUUCCCCAACUCCGGACAUUUACUGGAUGAUAAACGGUGACUACACCAAAUGGGAUCGACUGAUCAAAUCAAACGGUUCCAAACUGUUCAUAAAAUCGGUCGAGAAGAAACACGCCGGAAUUGUUCAGUGCUUCGCUAGGAACGAAGUAGGCGAGGUCAGCGAGAGUAGCCUUCUGCAGGUUAAUCCGAAACAGAUUCCCGGCGGGAUUGGAUCACCUCCUUUAGGCUCCGUACCUUCCGGUUCCAAGUUCGGAAACGAACACAACGGUAAACGGCAGAAGGGUGGAAAGAAACACAAACACCUAAUCAUGAUUCCACCAUCCCGACCGAACAUCACCCGGCUAUCGGACGAAUCGGUCAUGGUUCGCUGGUCGGUUCCAUCCAGCGACGGGCUCCCGAUUCAGUUCUUCAAGGUUCAAUAUCGUAUGCUGGGUGAUCCAUCGAAAAACAUCGCCCGAACCCAAUGGAUGACGGAGAACGAAGACAUUUCCCCCUUCACUCGAUCGUACGAGGUCAACAACCUCAAGUCCGACCAUUACUACCGAUUCCGCAUAGUCGCGGUGUAUUCCAACAACGAUAACAAAGAAGGUGCCGCUUCCGGAAAGUUCCAUCUGCAGCGAGGAUCUCAGUUAGGACUCGCCAAGAGUCACCUCCUGGCACCGACGCUAACCCGUAUCGAACCUGUUUCGCAGCACGCCAUCGUCCUGCACUGGCAGUUCCCGCAGCAUCUUCCCCAUCCGAUUGAUGGAUUCUACGCGUACUAUCGACCCGCCACCACAGCUGGAGAGUACUCGAAAGCUACGGUAGAUACUCCGACGGCUCGCCAUUUUAAGAUCGAUCAUCUAGAACCGGGAACGGCAUACGAAUUCAAACUGCAAUCGUUUACGGCGGCGGCCGCGUCCGAUUUCAGUGCGAUCCUAACCGGAAAGACGUUGAAACCUCCAACGCCUCCUCCUAUUGUCCCAUCGGUUGUGGCCGCCUCCGAGGCGAACAACGGAACCGGAGAAGUUCCAAACUACGUGUACAUGGGUGUCGGCGGGUUCGUCAUAGUGCUAGGAGGAAUCAUUCUACUGUGCUGUUGCUGUGUGGCGUGUAAGAAAAAGCGUGGUCCAGGUGUUGACGAAUCAGACGCCAAAUCACACAUUCAAGUUGAACAGAAUGGUUUCCCCGGGUCGAUCAGCAACGGCGGUCCCCGGUCCCAUCACCACAAAAGCCGGAACGGUAUCAGCGCCCGGAUGAAUAUCACGCCCAAUCCGCUGGCUCAAGACGGAGAUAAGAAUCGUAAUGUGAUGGAGCUGCGUUUUCUACCGGCCAAACCGCAACCAACCGUUCCUACCGGUGGCAGUGGUGUUGGUGGUAGUGGAGGUGGUGGUUUUAGUGGAUCUCCCGGUGGCGGUACCCUGAAUCUGAUGACCAAUGGACCCAACUCUUACCCUACUAAUAACAAUCACCAACAUCAUCAUCAUCAACCACAUCAACAACAACAACAUCAACACCAACAGCAGCAACAUCAUCAGCCCCUUCAGAGCCAAACCGUAAUCAACAACGUCGGCCCGGGCCAGGAGCACCUGAUGCUAGCAUCGAUGCCGCACCGCAGAACACUGGAGCGAAGUGUCCGCAAUCUGCAGCACAGCCAACAGCACAACGGACUGGACCAGAGCCAGAAGAUGAUGCUGGAGGGAGACUGCGGUGUAACUACAACGGUCGGGGCCGUGGGUGUUGGCAUCGUGCUCGGACCUCGCAACAACUCGUCCAUCCGGAGAGGCCGGCGGGGUUCUGGAUCUGUUCCCGGCAGUCCCCGGGUCGGUCGUGGACCGAGUGCCGAACUGCUGCAGCACAAUCGAUCACCGAUGCCGAUCCGGGCCGCGGCUAGCGGUGUUAAGCGGGCGACCCGAUUGGGACGGGCCGAGAACAUGUCCUCCGGCAGUUUGAACAGUAUUGAAGUGUGAAAAGUCCGGAUCAAGUAGGCGGUUUGAAAUGUGAUAUAAUAUGACGUUUGCACGAAAUUGGCUAAAAGAAAAUGAACAACAAGAAAAAAAAAGACACAGCAGAUUGUUCUUUAACGGAUCCCACAAAACCGCAACUGAAAUAGCUAAUACUUAACUGAAGAAAAAAAACAUAUGGUAGUUUUAAUUAGUAAUCCGUCCUUUGAGCAGCAAACAAGUUGAAUCACAAGCAAACGAAUGUCGGUAGGCAAGUGCUAGAAUAAAGAUCCACUAUUUAAGAGAGUUAUAUUUACUGUAUUUUAGUGAACAAAAGUACGCUUAAAACUCGAUUAGCUGAACAAAUUUAAAUACAGGCAACUAAUUGUACUUAAUAAAUCAUUAACGAAUCGCUCGAAUGUGUAAAUAUUUAUUUCGUUCUACAACCUGAUAGAGUAGAGUCACAAACGAUUACAGAGAUCAAUGGUUUAGCGCAAGUUUUGAAGCAAAACACACAAACAAACGAACUGUUCUACUUAGAGACUAGGAAUACGCAACAUAUUAGAUUUGACUGAAACUAAUCAAUAAACGAAUAAUAGCGAGACUAGAACUAAAACAACCCGAGAAAGAGAGCGAGUGGAAAUGAUGUGUGAGUGUUAAAUUAUUUACAAAACUAAGUACGAUGAUUUUAACAGAAUAUAUUUAACACAGUAGGAUAGCAAUUUAUCGUAGUUUUAACUAAAAAAGCGGGCGCCAUUUUUUCGAGUUUUAUGUUUGCGCUGUAAAUAUCGAUGGCAUUCAAUUGGAAUGGCGACUGGAGCACAAAUUAUGCAAAAAAUUAUUUGAAUUAUUAGGCAAAAAAUGAGCAUGUAAAUUUCGACGUGUUUUAUUUAAUUUUGUUUCGUUUUUUUCUGUUCGACUGCAUAUGGCUCAAUACGUAACACGGUUCAUAGAGAAAAGAAAUUGUUUAAAUAUUUAGGGAGGUUAAAAUUGGAAAAUCUAUAUGAAACACAAAUAAGACAAAAAAGUUGUUAACACUAUUCGUAACUGUAGUAGCAAACAGAGAAUAAAUUAAAUUUCGUUUCUUUUUUCUUAAAA